CGCGACAGAUGCACAGACAUCAUCACACGUGCCGUUAUUGUUCACGGGCUUUCAAGCGUGCAGAACAUCUAACACGCCACCUCCGUACACAUACGAGAGAGAAACCAUUUUCGUGCCAUUGCGGAUCGGCAUUUACUCGUCGUGAUUUGCUCACUAGGCAUUGGCGCCUCUCAGAUCACAGUGAGGCCGCUGCUGUGACAUCGACAACCGACCAUGAAGCACAAGAGUCUGGUAACUCUACAGCGCCUGUGUUCCACGAUAUUCCCAAUCAGACAAACCAAGCGAAUGGGGCUGUGAGCAACGAGCUUCAGCAUGAACAGGCUUCUGUGGUGCAGCGACAGCUCACUGCCCCUCUCGCUCACUUGGACGAUGUCCAAUCGCAGAUGAUCCCCCAGACUCUGCAGCAUGAUCCCUCGCAAGAUAUGAAUUUCAGCGCAUCUCAAGAUCUUCAUCACCAGAACUACCCAGACGAAAACUUUGAUGAUUUCCGAGAUUUUGUCAACUUCAUAGACGGCGUGGGAUUGUCCGCACAGUGGACACCUGAAUACGACGUUGACUGGAUGCGCCUUGAAAACUAUACGCAGGAGUCCCGACAAGCAUCUCGGCAUCAAUCCCAAGGACCAAACAGUUCUCAGUCCCCUGCACCUGAAGAUAUCGGUACACCUUUUAGUACAUGGCUACCAUCAGCACCUCGUGACGAUGAAGUCCACCUGCGAUCCCAGGCCGGCCAAGAUGCCCGAGAGACACGAGGCCGGAAUAGCACCUAUCACGUCACGGAAGAUCAUCGAGCUAUCCUCCAGGCUCUUCUUUCUUCUUUCCCAGAACCAAUUUGCUCCUUCACAAUCCCAUCCCGCCAUGCUAUGACACGCUACAUCACUGCGUUCUUCUCUGGAUUCCAUUCUCAUUUUCCCUUCAUCCACGAGCCGACGUACAAGCCUUCGUGCUCUCCUAUCGAGCUUACACUUGCAAUGAGUGCAGCUGGAGCCCAGUACUGCUUUGAGAAACGGGUAUCAGAGCGCCUUUUUCGCGUAUCAAAAGCAAUCGUCUUCGAACGUUUAAGACAAGAAGAGGCACAUUUUGGUCCCCAAACGUUAGCGUUUAUCGCCAGCACCAACAUGCUAUCUCCAGCUAUCGCUGUAACGAACAGGUCCGGGCCUUGGGAGCCAUUGGACAUGGCGAAAACUUUGCUUGUUUUGGUAGGAUUCGCCACGUGGGAGAGGAAAGAUUUGCUGCAGCAAGCAUUUGCGCUGCGCACUUUACUCGUACAGUGUCUACGAGAUAGUGGACUCAAAGAAGACGAUACACAAACCAAUUUGUCUGCCCCUCGAUCAGCAAUGUGGGACCAGUGGGUCAGAGCCGAAUCAUCGCGACGCACAAAACUGGUGGCAUAUUGCUACAUCAAUGUCCACAGCAUCGCAUACAACAUCCACCCUCUACUUUGGAGCAGCGAAAUGCACUUGAGGUUGCCUUGCUGUACGCCGGACUGGCAAGCGUCAACUGCAGCGCAAUGGGCAGCAUUGCAACGUGAAGGGAAGGAGAACCAGAUGCUUUUCCAACAAGCACUGUCGUUGCUGUUGCAGGGAACAGCGGGUGGUGACUCGGUUCACCCCAUACCUAGUCCCAUCGGCAAUUACAUCCUACUGCACGCUCUGUUGCAAAGGAUACAUGUCGUGCGCGAACUUUCCAUUCCGGCAACCUCUCCCGCGAUCAUAUCGCCGUUGGAAUUACAUACCAUAUGCCGCGCAUUGCGUUCCUGGACUUCGCUUUGGCAACAAGCACCUGAAUCUAUUCUCGACCCUAACAAUGACAGCGGCCCGAUCCCUUUCACUUCAAGCUCCCUGCUAGUAGUUGCCUACAUAAGACUAUCGCUCAACAUUGGGUCCUAUCGACAUCUAGAAUCGCGAGAUCCGGACGUUAUUUCUACUGGUUUGUCUCAGCUUCCGGAUAUUGAGCGCAAUGACAAUCUGCUUUCGGCGCUGCUUUACUCGACACAUGCGUUGAGUAUUCCGGUGAGGCUGGGGAUUGAUAGAGUCGCAAGGAGUCAAGCCUUUUUCUGGAGCGUGCAACACGCUAUCUCGAGUUUUGAAUGCGCUGUCUUUCUUGGGAAGUGGCUUUGCGGGUUGCCUAGGCCGUUUCAUGAGGCGUCCUUGUCUAAGUCCGAACUCAGAAUCCUCCAUUGGGUACAUUGUAUCAUCAAAGAGGCGUAUGCAGUGGUCGACUUCGAUGAAACCGAAUCCCACGAGGAUGAACUUAUUGUUCCUCAAGAACCGUUCCAGAUUGGGAUCGCCGUCCUAGAAAUCUGGUGCCGGUUUUUCAGAGGCAACACACAAUGGCAAUUCGUUGUCAAUUUGGGCAAAAGCCUGGAAAAGUACAUGGAAACAUUGAAAUGA